GAGAUGACUACUGUCAGUGUCCAGCACACGACUGCAGCAGCCCAGCAAAGACUUUAUUUCAUUUGGAUAAAACAGCUUGGACCCGACUCUAACUGCUCCCUGCCGGCGUGCUAACGUGAAAACAGCGCACCUGAACCAACUAACAAGCUAACCCAACGGCGACUCUAUGCAGGUGCUGUGGCCAGCAUGUGAAAGGGGGUCAUGCCUUUGGUCAAGAGAAACAUUCAGCCUCGGCACCUGUGCCACGCUGCAGUGCCUGAUGGGAUUGGCAACGAGCUGGAAUGUGUGACCAACAACACGCUGUCCGCCAUCAUCCGCCAGCUCAGCAGUCUGAGUAAACAUGCAGAAAAUGUUUUCGGGGAGCUUUUCAACGAGGCCAACACCUUUUAUGUGCGUGCCAACUCACUCCAGGACCGCAUCGAUCGCUUGGCCGUUAAGGUCACCCAGCUGGACUCCAGCGUGGAGGAGGUCUCUCUACAGGACAUUAAUAUGAGGAAAGCAUUCAAAAGCUCUACUGUUCAGAACCAGCAGGUUUUGUCCAAAGGCAGCACCCCGAGCUCAGUGGCUGAGAUGCACAACAGCAGCGACAGGCCUCCUCCACUCAGUGCCCUCACUGCCUACAGAGAGGAUUCAACUGAUGCCAUGAAAUUUUACUCGGACCCAUCAUACUUUUUUGACUUGUGGAAGGAGAAAAUGCUUCAGGACACAGAGGAGAAGAGGAAAGAAAGGCGGAGGCAGAGGGAACAGAAGCGGUGUGUGGAAAGCAGCACCCUUCAGCGUGAGGUGAAGAAGGUGAGGAAGGCUCGAAACCGCAGGCAGGAGUGGAACAUGAUGGCAUUCGAUAAGGAGCUCCGUCCAGAUCACCGCCAUCCGCAGAGUCUCCGCCGAGGGGCAUCGUCUGAGGGCUCGCUGUCCCCAGAUGGCAGGCCUGACCUCCCAGACUACCCCAUCCCUCCAGUGCCUGCCCACGCUGCUUGUAAUCAUGCCAAGUCACAUGAUUAUGUGCCGGGGAACGCACACCCCUCGCCACCUGUGGAGCAUGAAUACCACAGCAUUGAUGUCAACUACAAGAGGGCAACCUACGCCACAGACGAGCCGCACGCUGCAGACCGAAUCAACGGCUCAAUACGUCCACCUGCAGAUUACAACUCUCUCCCCCCACCUCCAGCCCCGGGCCCACCCAUCCCAUCAGCCCAGACAGCCUUUGGUUUUCCUCUGGGUGCGCUACCUCCAACACCACAUAAUGGAGUUUUGCACGUAGGCCCGGGCUUCCCUCUGCCACCCGUACCUCCUCCAGGGGCGCACAUGUUCCCUCCUCCUCCAGGUCCCCCACCUCCACCUCUGCCUCCCCCAGUUGCACUCUCACACCUGGCAGGACACAGUGAAGGAGGCAGAGCUGAGACAAAACCUGUGAGAGAUGCAAGAAGUGACCUGCUUUCUGCCAUUCGCAUGGGCAUCCAGCUAAAGAAAGUUCAGGAGCAGCAGGAGUUGCAGAGUAAGCGUGAGCCGGUGGGGAAUGACGUGGCCACCAUCCUUUCUCGACGUAUUGCAGUGGAGUACAGCGACUCUGAUGACGACUCUGAGCUGGAUGAAAACGAGUGGUCAGACUGACCCAAGCACAAAGUGAAGUGCAUAGCUGAAGUUUUGCUUAAUUGGAUCUUCAGUGCAAAAAAAAAAAAAACUGUGACUCUCUCUUUGGCUCCACCUACUGGACUCAUCUCACCACUGCAAGAGCACCUUUACUUUAUCUUGUAUUAUUAAUGUGCUGCCACAUUAAUUUUUCAUGUGGAAAAUUGCAUCAGUUCUUCCUCUGAAACAGGUGAUUUUUCAGAUCUGCUGCAUAACAACUGUGUACUUUAAAAAGCGAUGAAUUGCAUUAUAACUAAAUGUUUAGUUUUGUACCGCUGAAAUAAUGUGAGCCAUUUGUUUUUCUUACUGUCAAUCUAAUCUGUGUGUUUUAAAAAAAAUGUUCUCUUGUGAUAACAAACUGACACCUUGUAAAAAAUCAUACCCACUGAUGAAAUGUGUAGUACACCUUAAAACGCAUGUCUCAGUGUGAGGCCUUUUUCACUAAAGACAUUCUGACAUGUCACAGUAGGAAAAGCACAGGUAUAAAUAAUACAAUGAUUGGCUUAAGUUUCAGGGUCCUAAACCUGCGUAUAUCAGCUCAUUGUCACACUGGCAUGGCUUACUGGGACACUGAUAUCGAACAAAACUGUUAUUCAAGUUUUAAGUAACACCUGUACCUGGGUUUGAUGUAAUGACAUGUCAAAAUGUCUUGUGAAAAAGGCCCAUUAUUUAAGA